ACCUUUCUCCUUCUCUCUCCAUCUCUACAAUAUUUCUUUAAACUCCAAAACCUAAUCAACUCACCAAUAUGAAGCUAAUCAAGAUUAUCUUCCUUAUAGCCAUAACAAUGGCGUUCUCCAUUACUCUAACCAUGAGAAGCAUCGGCAACGUCGAAGAGAAACAUUCGAGCACAUUGUCAAAAGAGUUGGAAACGGAAGAAGAUAACUUGAAGCUGAAGCCAUCAAAACGACUGAGUCGUUUCCUUGCUGAAGAGAAAAACCCUAAUGCAGCUGACCAUUGCCAUAAAGAUGAAGAAAAAUGCUAUCUUUUGGGAGGUAAGAAUUACACUUGCUGUAACAACAAGUGCAUGGAUCUGUCUAAUGAUGAUAAAAAUUGCGGUGCAUGCAAAAAUAAGUGCCUGCAUACGCAAACUUGUUGCGGAGGGAAAUGUGUAUAUUUAUCUCUCGACAAGAGACAUUGCGGAGCUUGCGAUAAUCGGUGCAAAGACGGAGACUAUUGCGUAUUUGGAAUGUGCAAUUACGCAUAAAUAAAUAAUCUAUUUUUUAUGAUUCAUAAUACAAUAAAAGAAAACCACAUGAGAAAUUAUAUACAGUGGUUAAAAUUUAUCAAAUGAUUUAUAUAAAAAAAAUAUACAGUUUAUUUAAUUUUUAAUUGAACAAUAUUUACAUGAAUCCUCAAGGAUUUGUAUAUUUAUAUGUAAUUCUGUUAAAAAGUACUACUUAAUGUGUAAUAUGUAUCCCUUUGU